CCUUUUUUUCUUUUCUUGUGUAUACAGGAAGUGCUUAUUACGAGUUCGCCUACCGGGGGUAAAAUGCACUUGCAAGAUCCUUCAACGAAGUCAAAGGCAUGCGAUGUGGAACCGUCAAGAAGCUCAGAAAAUCCACCCUUGGAUGUUUCAACUAAAGUGGCUCGUGGAAAACUUCCCAUUACUGUGUCUUCAAUGAUAGAAUCACAAGUCGGCGGGAGUGGAUCUAUUGAGGAUGACGUGUCUUCAGAUGAUGAAUUGGUUCCAACACUUUCGCCACCACAGAAUCCGUUCACAGAUGCUGCUGAUAUUGGAGUGUCAUCUUUCAAGGAAGCUUGCUCGACUCAUCAUGAGGAUGAGGGUGCUAAAGAAGACGACAAUAUAGUAGAGAAGGGCAAAGAUGAAGUUAUGCCAGGUUUGCCUUUACUUGGUAAAAGGGAACGAGUCGUUGAUGUUCCGGCUACUGAGGCGCAUAAGAGAGCUCGUUUGGAGACUGAUUCGAAGUCAACUGAUUUCCCGGUAGAGUCGAAAUUAGAUGAUGAUCCGGCAGACGCUCUAUCACCUUAUGGUGACGAAGUGGAUUACGAGCCUACCCCUUCACCACCUGAAGCUCUUGAUAUGGGCGUACCACUUGACGAGGACGUCGACAUUUAUGUGGGUAGCGAUACAGGAGGUUCUCAAAGUGAGGUACCUAUUGGGGUCAGAUCAUUUUUGAUUGACCGCAUAAAGGAUAUUAUGAAGACAGUCAACCGUUGAAAGUUUAGAUCGGCUCGGG